AUGAACUGGUCGGGACUCGAGAGUCUGCUGAGCGGAGUCAACAAAUACUCCACAGCGUUCGGGAGGAUCUGGCUGUCGAUGGUGUUCGUGUUUCGCGUGCUGGUGUUCGUGGUGGCGGCGCAGAGGGUGUGGGGCGACGAGAGCAAAGACUUCGUGUGCAACACCCGGCAGCCUGGUUGUACCAACGUCUGCUACGACCACAUCUUCCCCAUCUCCCACAUCCGUCUUUGGGCGCUGCAGCUGAUUUUUGUCACCUGCCCGUCUCUGAUGGUGAUGGCGCACGUGAAGUACCGCGAAGGGAAGGACAAGAAGUACGGGGAGCAGCACCAAGGCUCUCAUCUGUACGCCAACCCUGGCAAGAAGAGAGGCGGUCUGUGGUGGACGUAUCUGCUGAGUUUGGUCUUCAAGGCUGGGUUCGACACGUCGUUCCUCUACAUUCUGUAUCGGAUCUACCACGGAUACGACCUCCCCCAGUUGUCCAAGUGCUCGAUAGAGCCGUGCCCCAACACCGUUGACUGCUUCAUCAGUCGUCCAACAGAGAAGAAGAUCUUCAUGUUGUUCAUGGUCGUCUCCAGCGCGCUCUGCAUCUUCAUGUGCAUCCUCGAGAUGAUCUACCUUGUCGGCAAGCGCGUCAUCAAAGUCAUAAGGGUCCGGCAUGAGAACGCGCAGAUGAUGUUCGCGGAACAACACGAACUCACCGCCAUCGCGCCUCCCCAGUCCCAGUACCGGAGGACGGAUCCGACGCUGACGGACAGCCAGAUGAGUCUGAGCAGGAAGGGGAAAAUUAAAGAGGGGCAGAAAACGACGGUGCUGUAG